GAAAUAAUUUUCUUGGACAGAAGGAAAUACCCGAUACUGGAGAAGGACAUGUUGAGGGCUCUUUUUGGGGCUCCCUGGAAAAAAUACGUUUCCGGUGUUUGGGAUUUUACGGUGGAACCUUUGGGUCCUGGUUCUAAUCACAGCGACUGCACCCAGGAGCUGAUAAGACACAAUCGAUAUGAGCAAAAUCCAAGCCAGCAUGGGAGAGGAAAGAGCUGACAGAAAGGACUGGAUGCAACUGGAACUCAACCGCAAUGUCAAGAGCUUCCAGACGGUCUUGUCUGGACAUCUUGGGUAAUUCCGUCAGUCAAGAUCUCCUGACUGUGAGGCACUGACAACAUUUUCCACUGUGCUGCUUUAUAAAAAAAAAAAAAACAUCUGCAGCUGGGGGUUAGUUGGAGCCUAUCCCUGCAUACUUUUGGCGAGAGAACGUUGGACUUGUCAACGGUCAAUUGCAAGACCUCCAUCCAUCCAUUUCUCACCUUCACAUUCAGACCCAUGGACAAUUUUGAGUCUUCACUUUUGCCAAAGAAAACACACACAACCAUUCACAUGGACAUUUACACCAAUUGGCACUUUAGUCUUCAGUAAACUGAAGCUGACGUUUGGGUGAGAGAAGUGGAGCAUACCCUUCGAGUGCUCAUCAGUAAACCGGCCAAACCUUGGACUGUUGCCAGUCAAUCGCAGUGGAACAUAUAGACACACAAUUAUUCAAUUAUUCACACUGACAUUCACACUUACGGACAAUUCAGUCUUCAAUUACCUAAGCUGACUUUUGGCGAUCAAGUGAGUACACCCUUGACUGGUUGAAAACCAAUCACAGGGAAUUGGACGUCUUGUUGGUCUCCUUUUGGACUCCCUCGAGACACUCUUUAAUCCAGUGAGAACUCCUUAGAACCUGUUUGUCCUGGUUCUGCAACUCGACGCUAAUAAAAGACAAUCAAUCAGAGCAAACUCCACAGCAACAUGGAAAACGAGAUACUGGAUGAGAAAGAUUGGAGGCAGUUGGAACCCAACUACGGCGUGAAAGUAUUCCUGACAAUCUUAUACAGCCUCAUCCUGGUGACGGGCAUCGUGGGGAACUCCGCCACCAUCCGGGCCACGCAGGUUCUCCGGCGUAAUGGCUAUCUUCAGCGUAAUGUGACGGACCACAUAGUAAGCCUGGCGUGUUCGGACCUUCUGGUUCUGCUGGUGGGAUUGCCCGUGGAACUCUAUAGCACCAUCUGGUUUCCGUUCACCUCUGCGUCCGGGGGAGACGCUGCUUGCAAGGUGUACAACUUCAUCUUCGAGGCGUGCAGUUAUGCUACCAUUUUAAACGUAGCCACGCUUAGCUUUGAGCGUUACGUGGCCAUCUGCCACCCAUUCCAAUUCAGAACCCUAGGCGGACGUCGGACGUCGGGAUUGCUUACCUUGGCCUGGCUGGUGUCGGUUCUGGUGGCGCUGCCGCUGCUGGUGGCCACGGGGACCCAGGGCCACAUACCCAUCUCAGCGGACGGGCCGGUCCAGGACUUGACCUUCUGCACCAAUCUGAGGGAGCGCUGGCUGAUGUACCGAGUCAGCAUUUUUGUAGCAUUCGUGGUCUACAUGGUGGUUUUGGCCGGCGUGGCCUUCAUGUGUCGGGCUAUGAUCCUGGUCCUGAAGAAGUCUGUGGGAUCUUCAGACAGAGGCAGCGACGGAAAUCACAGAACCACAAAGCAUGAAAGUACAAAGAUGAAGAUGGCCAAGAAGCAGACCAUCAUUUUUCUAUGCCUCAUCGUGGGCUCGUUGCUGGUGUGUUGGUUUCCCAAUCAGAUCCGCCGCCUCAUGAUGGCCAGCGUGCCCAAGUCCCGCUGGACGACGGCGUACUUCCGCAACUACCUCAGCCUCCACCCGGUUGCCGACACCUUUUUCUACUUCAGCUCGGCCCUCAACCCCCUCCUGUACAACGUGUCCUCCCGCCAGUUCCGCCAGGUUUUCACCCAAGUGCUGCGCUGCCGCCUGACCAUCCAGCACGUCAACAAGCGAACCGUGCCGAGCUCCCGCGCCCGAUCCGUUCGCUCGCUGCGGCCCCUGUUGUUCGAAUCCCUACGCCGAGGCAAGAGGCGCCAGACCAGUCUGGCCAAAGAGGAGACAACCCAGAAGCAAAGUGACUCAGGAGUAGAUGCGGAUCCUAAAAACGAAGAGUUAGAGCCCACAACACAGACAGUCGUUCUAUCAGGAAUGGAACCAUAAUCUGUCAAACUCCUGCACAAAUCUUUAUUCACUCAGACUAUUUACUAGUGGUAACAUGACGUGUUGACGCUACAAUAUACUGUUGGUCAGUCAUUCCCAACCACUGCAGGUGGUGCAUUUCUGUGCUGCAAGAAAUUAUCAGAAUAAUUAUUAUAAAUUUCACUUCAUUAUGAUUUAUUUACAGAAAAUUAUGAUUUAUUUACGAGAAAUAAUCUUUGUUCAUCUAAUUAUUACAGUGAUUUAUAGUGACUGGCAGAACAAUUAAAUGAUCUUCCACUAGAUGGGAGAUGGUACAAUUAUUCUACCUGUUGCCAUUCAUUCACAGAGUAAGUAAUAGCUUUAUGGUCAACUGAACAGGCCCAGAGUUCACACUGAGCAAGUUUGUUUGAGAUCAUCAUUAUUUCUGUACAUAAACACUUUUUUGUGACAUCUUUUGAUUGGUGGUGUGCUGUGAGAUACAUAUAUAAUUAUAAUUUUGUUUUAACCUUUCCUGUUUUGCAACAUGGCCAUGCAGAAUGGUGGAUCGGUAUGCCUUUUGUGCUAGAACAGUUUUGCUGUGCAACAGGGGAGUUUGGAAUACUCCCUCUGCUUAUUUUAUUUAAUUUUUUUUAAAUUGUUCUGUUUAUUGAAAAUGCAGCUCGACAGAAAAGGGUUUUACGGGAAAGACAGAGGGACAGAACUGACAAGGGGAAUAGAGGUGCAAACCACAGGAGAACAAUAAUUAGAGAGUCUAGAUAUUUGAACACAAGUAAUGUUACAACAGUCAAAUUGUGGACGGGGUGGGGGUGGGGGAGACACACCCAGUGAGGACCUGCAACAAAUAACCAAAAGAACAAGAUGAGAGAGGACAGAAAAGGGCAGGACAGGUCAGGACGUGGGAAAUGAGCAAGGCAGUGCUACUGAUGAGUAGUGUGGUGGAAUGCUUUUACUUUGUCUAAACACCUGCAAGAAUCUGUGAGUUGAUACAAUAUUUUAACAUACCCUGUGUCAUUAUUAGUGAGCCAUUGAAGCCUAUUGCGUGUCUAUGGAACUUAUUAGUGAAUAUCACAUGCAUGUUAAUCAACUGGUGUACGGAGUUGCUGAGUCUAUCUGUUUUUGUUGUUGUUAAAAAUAAAUACAGUACAUCAAGACCUGA